UUGACGUCCUGUUGAAGCGAUCGCACUUGUGCCAGUACUUCACUGCCGGUAGCACUUCAGCUUGGUGCGCCUCCCCGUGGAUUCAUCUGCCAGACUCCAGCAUAGUGGUCAGGAAGCUGCGGGCAACGUCUCCGCACUGCGGAGUCCGCAGCGCUUGCUUGGCUUCCAUUUAGCUUGCGUGUGACGUGGCCACAGAGGGCUCAGACACGAGUGCCAUCCGUUCGGGGGUAUGUACUUGUCACUCACAAGCCUCGCUAUGAAGUACCAGUAGACAGCGGCGUCUCUGCUCACAAUGAAACAAAUCGUGCGCCAGUGGAGGCGGUCUCUUGAUCUUGCGUUGCAGUCGCUGUGAUCGCCCCAUUUCGUGGCGCUCAUUCUCCUUCUUCGCUCGCUGGCAGCAGAUACAGACACCGAAACAUCUCGGUCAUGGGCAAGGAACGCUUCACCAUUAAUCCGUUCCCAGCGCUGGAGCUCUCCGAUGCCGAGAAGAACCAGCUCCUCGAGUUGGGACGCACUAUCAUCGAGGCCAACUUCGAGCGUGACGAUGCCUUCUUCAAAGGCGGCCGCAAAGUUGACCACCGUCGCUGGAAACUCUCCAAGGAGCGCGAACACAUGUUCGUGCACACCGAGCGCCCCGAAUACAAGGGUGCAGACGCUAUGAGCAACACCAUGCACUCGUCGUCCAAACUACCGGCCAUUCUCUCUGUCGGUCGCGUUGAAGGCAAAUUGGACGACAUGAUGUACGGCGUCGUGAAUCCUACGCUCGAGGACAUGCGCAUCAAGGCUUCAUACGUGCACGACUUCGACGGUGCCGCCGUGCUCUCGACGAUCGUAGAGCCGACUGUGGACGAGCCGUUCAACUCGGUCGUGGUCAAGUGGAUGGAGAUGGAUAUCCCACUACGUCGCACGGGUGUCGUUCAGAACCGCGACUACGUCUACCUGGAAUGCACAGGUUUUGUGCGUAUGGCUAAUGGCGAUCGCGCAGGUUACCACUUCCUGCACUCAAUCGACUUCCCACAGAUCCCGAAGCUGUCGAACCGCGUUCGAGGUGAUCUCUCGAUCUGCGGCUUCUUCCGUCAGGUCGGACCUAAUGUUAUUGACGUGUGCAAGACCGGUCUCAUGGAUCCUGCCGGUGACAUGAUCCGCAUGUUAGCAGUGCCGGUUAUGACGGAGGCCUUCCUGUCUCCUCUGCGUUACGUGCACUGCGGUCAGAUGCGGAAACUCACGUGGAAGAUGGAGAAGGCUCACGCUGAAGCGCGACUACACGGUGCUCCGAACCCAGGCUCUGCCUGUGUGAGCUGCGGCAAACCCUCCACCGGCUGGACGCUGGGCAAGAGCGCGACGACGUGCAAGUGCUGCUUCCGUGCGCUGUGUAGUAGCUGUAAGAUCAAGAAGAAGAUCAGUCUGGUGACAGCGGAUCUGACGCUCUCGGAGCGCAAGGUUAAUUUCUGCACGGCGUGCCUCGCCGAGGCAUCAAUCUCGAGUGCGGUGGAGAUCGCGUCGUAUCAAAUCAUGGAGAACGGACGCAAGAGCGGUAUCAUCCGCUCAAUGACGAGUCAUUCGUCGUCAAGCUCAGAUAUGACCCAAUUGUCUAAGAUGUCCAUGUAGUGUGAAUAUCAUCCACAUAGUAAGUAGCGAUAAUAAAUUACGAGUUUGCAUACACUCCUGUU